AUCAUAUCAUCAUGUUCCACAGCCAUCCUCUGAUCCUUUUGAUCCUUUUGAUCCUGCGCCAGAAGCGCGUCACCCUUGACCCUUGUAGUCACCCAACCUCGUUUGUUGUUAAGGUCUUUCUGCUGAUUUUAGACGUUUUGGCCCCUUCAUUGUGGCGGGAAGGUCCACGCAGUGCCACUCAGGAGUCGCCGCUAUAUCCGCCUUCACACGCCCCCUCCUAUCGCGUACACCCCAGAUUCGAGGUUUGACCAUCUCACCAUGGACGUCCCGGUCCCGGUGCCUGAUUUUGAGGUGGGCACCCGCCACACCCAACCCGGAUGGUCGUACUUGACCCAGCGGGCCUUGGGCUUCCGUCAACGGUUGGCGUCCGAUCAACUUUGGUUGGGCGCCCUGCGAAGUCGUCCCGUCGAUCGAUUCGAUACGCCCAGCCCGCCCGGACCCGAUGGGCUGGACUCCGACGCGCCCACCUACGCCAUGAAGUUCUGUCCCAUCCCGGGCUUCCAGCACAUCCUGAUGACGGCCAAUGAAGAGGGCUGUCUGAACCGCAUCGACACGUCGGCCCGGCCUUUGGCCCGCCCCGGGCUGUCCCAGCGUUGCCAUCGGAAUGCCAUCUUGGACCUGAGCUGGGCCGCCCACCGGGCCGACGUUUGGGUGACCGUGUCGGGCGAUUUGAAGGCCAAGACGUGGAUUUUGGGGCCGGACGGGGUGGGGCGGGAAGAGCGCGAGUUUCUGGGCCAUCUUCGUACGGUCAAGACCGUUGAAUUUGAGCCGGGCAGUGAUCAGGUGUUUGCCACGGGCUCGCGGGAUAGCGCCAUCCAUGUUUGGGAUCGCCGAGAAUCGCCUCCCACGCAUUUAGUCAAUCGAAUCAGGUUUGCCCACAAGAACCCGCGAUGCGGUGACCGAAUAGCUCGGGCCAAAAGCGGAACGAGCGGUGCGCGACUUCCACGGAAUAAUGAGUUUGGUAGUAGUUCCAUCACGGCGAUUAAGUAUCAGGAUGCUCAUACGCUCAUUUCGUGCGCCGAUAAUGACGGGCUCAUCAAGGUCUGGGAUCUGCGUCGAGCCUAUUCCGCGUAUCGCGGCGACCCCUUGCCCCAAUGUCAAUUCCGUCAUCCGGGUCAUUCCAGCCAUCAAGGCUUCACGGCCUUGGCCCUCAAUCCGGGAAGCCCGCAUUUAUAUGCGGCUUGCAUGGACCGCUCCGUGUAUCAAUAUAACUUGCACACGCAACAAUCCCUGCCGGAGCGAGCUUUCAUCGGCAGUGAUUGUAGCUCGUUCUACGUCAAAUUGGCUUUGAGUCCCGAGGGCCAAUAUCUCGUCAGCGGCUCCAAGAAUCGUUGUGCCGUCAUUUGGAACACGGAGGCUUUGCCCAAGGCAUGGCCCGCCCCUUCUGAUCCCCAACACCCGUGGGUCACUAUCGAGCCUUCGGCUUGUCUCACCGGUCACAAUGCCGAGGUCACGUGCGUUGACUGGUGUCAAUCGGGUUGGAAAUUGGCCACCUGUGCCGAUGAUAUGGAACAUCGUCUGUGGGAGUGGCAUCCUGAGCAUGAAAACGAGACGUGCGGUCAGGCUUCGGCCGAAAUGAGUCGCAUUGUGCGGUUUGAUACACGCCAGAAGACAGUCUUGUCGCAUGGGACGUGGGUAACUCCGCAUCCCGUGUUCUUCCCUAAAUCGACGGUUCUCAGGGCUGUGAACACUAAUUCGGGUGUGUCAAAAUCGAGCGGGUCUGGAUCACCCUCGGUUAAUAUCAAAGACUUCCUCCAAGGCAGUCCUGCUCGCAAACGAGUUGCCACCAAAGAGAAUGUCCGGAGUAAACGCCUCAAAUUCGAACCGCCCAGUCCGCCUCCAUCUACAAAGAAAAGCCCCUCGUGUGUUGUUAGUCCCUUGGCCAAGUUGCCGUGCUCCCCAAGAAAGAUGCAAUGUAAUAAUGUGGGCCAGGACAGUCGUCGAUCGCCCCGGAAAUUGCAGUUUACCCCCCUGAAUUCUUCCAUAACGGCGAAUCUGCCCAAUUCCGUCAAGGAUGCCUCGAAGCUGAUGUUGAAGCCCGUGUGCACCCCACCUAAGAAGACGAAUUGGCUCACUAAUUUGAGUCAAUUGAGAAAGAAGGAAUUCGGAUCCCGGACCCCGAACAAGUCGCCAAGAUCCUCGCCCCGGAAUUCACCGAAAACAUCUCGAACUAAAGCAGGCGCCAAGGUGGGUCCUACAUAAAGGCCAGCGUAAGCCCUCAAAUGUUGUUCAUGCGCACCGAUGGUGCAGAAAUAUUUGUACUCACUCAUCAGCUCGGAGAAGUACGUAUGAUGCUUCAUAACCUGAACCAAUAUAGCCCAUUGAGUGAA